AUGGCACCUCACCAAAAGCACAAGUCUUCCGCCGAGGAAUUUCGCCAGUUCGUCUCUGAGCUGCGCGAAGAAAACGAUCUCCUCUCUAUAAGGGAGGAGGUCGAUCCGCACUUAGAGCUUGCUGCAAUCGUGCGCAAAGUCUACGAGACAGAGGAAAAGGUGCCUCUAUUCGAGAACAUCACAGGUCAAACAUCCUCCGGUCUGUUUCGGGUGCUGGGAGCACCAGUCGGGCUGAGUCGAGUCCCUGGACAACGAUUUGGUCGCAUUGCCAAAUCACUCGGUCUGCCUUCGACAUCCUCGGGUCGAAAUAUUAUCAAUAAAAUCAACGAAGCCAAAAAAGGACAGCCGCUGCCCCCGAUCGAAGUCUCGUCUGGUUUAGUGAAAGAGAACAAACUCUUUGGCGACGACAUCGACCUAACAGCACUUCCUGUUCCAUUCCUACACGCAGAUGACGGAGGGGAAUUCAUGCAAACAUUUGGCAUGCAUAUUGUUCAGACCCCCGAUGGACAGUGGGUGAACUGGUCGAUUACCCGAGGGAUGGUCCAUGAUCAACGUUCUCUUGUUUGCCCCAUCAUCUCAAAGCAAGAUAUUGGUGCCAUAUUUCAGAUGUGGAAGGACAAGGGGGAGGAUAUGCCGUGGGCUUUAUGCUUCGGUGUCCCGCCGGCCGCCAUCAUGCUGAGCGGCAUGCCGAUACCAAAGUGGACCAACGAACCUGGGUUUAUUGGAACUUUGACAGGGAAGCCCGUCGAGGUAGUCAAAUGCGAAACCAAUGACCUUUAUGUCCCUGUAAAUGCGGAAAUUGUUCUCGAAGGAAAAGUUUCCAUAUCCGAAACAGGUCCAGAGGGUCCCAUGGCUGAGUAUCAUGGGUUGGUGUUCCCUGGGAAGCCAAAGCAAUGCCCUCUGUUCAAAUUGAGUGCAAUCACGCAUAGAAAUGACCCUAUAUUGCCAAUAUGUGUGGCCGGAAGGGCCGCAGAAGAAAAUCACACUGUCUGGGCCCCGAUGAUUGCCUCUGAAGUCUUGAAUAUCUGCCAAGCAGCCGGUCUUCCCGUUCAAAUGGUCUGGUGUCCAUUCGAAUCGCACUGUCAUUGGUUCGUCGUGCAGGUAGACCGUCAGAAGCUCCGAUCUUUGAAUACCAACAUGUCCGAAUUUGUACUGAACCUUGGUCAUGUGGUGUUCAGCUCAAAACCUGGAUGGUAUAUCCCGAAGUUGUAUCUGGUCGGUGACGACAUCGACCCGACCGAUCUUUGGGAUGUCGUCUGGGCUGAGGCCACGCGUUGCGAGCCUGGUACGAGCGAGUUUCUCUUUGAUGAGUAUGGGAACAUCCCUCUGAUCCCAUAUGUCGGGUAUGGCACCAGGCCAGAGCGCAACAACAAAAAGGCUGUUCGGUGCUGCAUGCUACCAUGCGAGUUUGUGGAUGAAGAGCUUCCCUGGAAAGUCGGCUCUUUUCAGCAUUCAUACCCAAGUGAGAUCCAAGAGACGGUCCAACGUAACUGGCACAGGUAUGGGUUUGGUAUCCCAGAGUGA